AUGACGCUACCAAUCAGCGAAGUACCAAUCAAACUUGUGCUGACGAAUAGCAACCGGCACAAAAGCACCGAGGAAGUUUUACAAUUCUGUUGCAAAGAGGAGGAGGCACAGGAUGGGGGAGACAUUUCCAAGACGAAUCUUGCUCAUAACCCCUCCACAGAUGAUGCGAAUACCAUAGCAGAAGAACUUCUGGGCGAACUCCUCUACAUAGGGAUCAUUAUCAAGCAUGCCAAUAAAUUACAUUCGAAGGAAAACACUAAAAAUUGGUUAAAACAAAACGCAAAUUAUCUUGUCUAUGUAGAUAUAGUACUUGUGAGUGACAAUGGGGUGGAAGUAUCCGCACUGGCACAUAAACUGCAUUUGCAGGAGGAGAAUUAUUUCGCUAGUGAACAGAGAAAAGUACAAAGGUGGGUACUUGGUAGGAGAAGCUGUUCACCUUACAAGAGGAGGGAUUCCACAGAUGGGGUAGACGAAUGUCAAGGGAGGAAAGCACAAGCCAGUUACACACCUCUAGGAGAGAUUGCAUGGGAGGUGGACCAGGACAGAAUUUUCUUCCCACUAGAUAAUCACAAACAUUCAUGCGAUAACAUUGAAGAAAUCCUCCUUGUAACGAAUGGGCACUACCAAUUAGAAGGAGUCAUUUAUUUUUUGCAGAUACCACUCACCAUAGCACAAAGGUAUCUCAAUAAAGAACUAGUUGUAAAGGUUCAGUUGUGUGAAAGCCCCAAGGUGGACAAGGGGAAGAGUGGGAACUCCUUCCUCAACGAUAAACAUGUAAAUGACUUGAAAAAUAUUUUCGACUACCCGUCGCUGCUUUUGAGCAACGUGCAGUGGUCGUCGACUUUCACUUCAGGAAUGGCCCUCGAAAGGGAAAGGAAAAAAAAAAAGAAUGGCCGGGAUGGUCGCGACGACCACGUUGGUGAUAACGACGAUGAUGGCGACGAAGAUGGUAGUGAUGAUGACGAUGAUGACCACCGGGAGAGCAACCCCUUCCCACACAACGGCGAAGAUAUCCGAAGCUUCCUGCCCAACGUCAACAUCUACAGCAUAUGCAAAGGCAUCAAUAAACUGGAGGAACACUUGCACAGCGCAAGUUACGCAAACAGAGAUUUCAAAAAAAUAAUUUUAACGAAAGAAAUUAUCGUCACCAAGCCACUUAACAUAAAGUGUAAAAUAAUGGAGCCUUAUCUGUACCUGGAAAUUGAAAAUGUGACGAAACAAAAUAGAGUGCAUAUUCACGAGUUUUUUUCUAGAUCGGUCAACAUUGACAGUAGUGAUAACUUUCCGUUUUCUCUGCUCCCGGAAGAGACCUACAGUCUUUACCUUCCGCUUGAAAACUUCGUGCAGGUCCUCUCCAAGAAAAAUACACAAGACAAGGACAGGAUGAGGAACUCCCUGCGUAGCUCUGUGCACAUUGGUGAUGCGAGCAGUGGCUUACAAAACAAUUUCCACUGUAUCGAUUCAGGUGCUUCACUGUAUAAUUCCUUUUUCCUCAGCACAGAGGCAGGAACCUCUCACCAGAUGAGCAAAAGGCGCAGCAGUGACGCACACCAAUGGGCAAGCCAAGUUGCAGAUGUGACGAAACGAUUCAAGAAUAGGAAUCCAAUUCCACCCCACCCAUUUGAAGACAAAUAUAAACGUUUGUCUUUCCACUUCCAAAGCGACAAGAGCAUCAUCACCUUGUCCAUCAAAUGGAGCAUAGAGGAGACUGCUGAUAAUUUUAUAUGGUCCCAGUAUUGUAUGGAGGUGGAGAUGCCCAAACCACAUAUUUUCACCCUUGAAGUUUCCUUCGUAAAGGAAAUAAAUUCUUCCUCCGUCCUUAUGGCUGUCUUCUCAUUUUACAAUUCCCACCACGAGGAAAUAGACAUUCUCAUGGAGAUGAAAGACGAGAGCGGGGCCCUAAACAAUGAUGCCACAAAUUCGCUCAUUUCCUUUAACUCCCUAAUCCAGGUAGGUAUUAUUAAACCAUUUCAACGCAAGUCAGUUAGCGUCCGCAUGCUAGCCAUUAUGUUCGGGGUACAUAACGUGCCCUUCGUUAAGAUUACCAAUCGGGUCAGUGACACUGUUUAUUAUGUCGACUUGGGAUCCAUCCUCGUCACGGAAUAG